CUAUCAAACAGCUUCUGGCUCCUGGUUUGUAGCAUGGAUUUCUGGGAAUUCUCAUGCAUGUCUUUGGGCGCUGCAUUCGUCGUCUAUUACGGACUGAAACUCAUACUUUUCGGCAGGAUGCUGCUUCCAAAUUUUUUUUUUCCUCUGCCAAAAUCGUUCUUCAGCUCGAUGGGAGAGUGGGCAGUUGUGACGGGCGCCUCAGAGGGGAUCGGGAGGGCAUAUGCAUUCGCCUUGGCAGAGCGAGGGCUGAAUGUGGUGAUCAUAAGCAGAACCAAAGAAAAACUGGACAAAGUGGCUCAGAAGAUAAGUGAUACCACUGAUCAAAAAGUCAAAGUUCUCGUGGCUGACUUCACCAAAGAUAAUGCCAUUAAUUCCAUUGAAGAUGAACUAAAGGGCAUGAACAUUGGCGUUUUGGUGAAUAAUGUGGCUAUGUUGGUGAGUACUUUACCAGAGAAGUUCUUGGCAUCUCCAAACCUUGAUCAGAUGAUUACCAAAAUAAUUAAUUGUAACGUGAAGACAAUGGCAAAGAUGUGCAAAGUCAUUUUACCUGGAAUGGUGGACCGCGGUAGUGGGGUUAUCAUCAACAUCUCAUCUGGAGCUGCUGCUAUUCCCUUUCCUCUCUACACAUUGUAUUCAGCGUCUAAGAUCUUUGUUGAAAGGGUUUCUCAAGGUCUUCAAGUGGAAUAUAAAGACAGAGGAAUCAUUAUACAGGCCGUCGCUCCAUACAGUGUUUCCACUCAAAUGAAUUUUUAUCAGCCGACCAGCACCUUCGUCCUUUCUCCUGAGGACUUUGUGAGCAGCUCUCUUCAGUACCUCCGAGUUGGAGACAGAAUAUAUGGAAGCCUUAUUCACACAAUGAUGGGAUGGUUACUAAAGACUCUUCCUCGUGGCAUGCUUUUCUCUGAUUCCAUGCAAAAGAAUCUACAAGAAUACGUAAGGAUACAGAAUCAAAAUGGAAGUCACAAAACACAAGCCCUCCAAUAAAAUGAAUUCUUUGUACAAUAUACUGUAGCCUUUGUAUUUGGUCCUUUUGUUUUGUUACCUCCUUGUUUAACUAUCAUCAUUCCAUAGAAGUACACAGGCUGUUUGACAAGAUCUGUUGUGGCUCAUAAAUGGUAAAUGACAGCAUUCAUCUGUGUGAGUUAGAAUCGCACCGCCAACCUAUGGAUCAGUGGAUCUGACCACUCAACCAAUGAUGUUUAUGUCAAGAGCGGGAUAAUAUCUCACGUAAACA